CCAGAACACACCCUUGCAGCCUUACAGCUCUCAAGGCAACGGAAUUUGUCCUCAUGUGAGGGCUCUAGCGAGCCCUGAGAGCAACAUAAGAAGAAGGUGGAUGGGACAUAAGUCGUUGUUAUCUCAAAGAGUCUCAAGUUUAGCGACCCACUUCCUGAAGGUGUCAGCCUCGUCCUCUUGCCACAACGCGAUGCAUUAUUGAAUGUCAUACUCGGUGUUACGAGGUAGCAGCCACUCGAUGGUCUAGCAAGGGCUCGCGCGAAACCAGGUGGCCUUGACUCUACCACAACGCACUAUAUACGCAAUACCCCAAUCACCACGACGGCGGAGCAUGCCAUAGCACCAAUUAAUUCCAUAUCCAGGUCCGGCAAUGCUUUACCCCCCUAGCCUCAACCUAUCCUCCAUCCUCAUUGUCCUAUUCUCAUCGCUGUUCUUAUGCAUUUACAUAUUCUACAAGCCUCCUGCAUGGCUAAUCAACCAUUUCCAACGUCGCUGGCCGAACGUACUCUUCCACGUUUCGACAGACCAGAAGAUCGUGGCGUUGACCAUCGACGACGGCCCAUCCCUCCACACGCGCGAGAUCCAGGCCGUUCUUGACGCCCACGGUGCAAAGGCUACAUUCUUCAUCAUCGGCUCUCACAUCCCCGGUCAUGAAGAGACACUCCGCCAAUUGAUUUUGAACGGCCACGAACUAGGCAACCACGCCAUGUACGAUGAGCCAUCUCGAUCUCUGUCCACUGUCCAAUUGAUCCGGCAGAUCAAGGAUGUUGACGCCCAGCUGGACCAUAUCUACGAGUCUGUACGGUGUCGGCUCUCAUCUCGGCUCAAAUACUUCCGUCCCGGAAGCGGCUUCUUCACAGUCCAGAUGCGCAGAACGGUUCCCGGUCUCGGCCACCGAAUCGUGCUGGGCGACAUCUACCCGCACGACGCGCAGAUUCCUUUCUGGAGACUCAAUGCCCGCCACAUCUUGAGCAUGGUCAGACCCGGCGGCAUUAUCGUGUGCCAUGACAGAAGGUGGACGCUGCCGAUGUUGAGUGUCGUUAUGCCUGAACUGAGAAGGCGCGGGUAUCGUGUCGUCACGGUGACUGAACUUCUUUCUUUGGGAUCUAAUUUCCAUCAGACGAGAGCAAGCUAGGCUGGGCUGGACACCCCGGCGGAGCGGGCUAGAUAUUGGCUUGCAAGACGCUGAUGCCUGUGUCCUCGGCGGGAAAAGAGCUGCUGCCUGGAAGAGAAAGGGGGGAAAGACUGCUGCCCACCGACCUCUUCCAAAGGAAGGUUGUGGUUUCAACGCAUGGUGUGCCCGGGAGAAACCAUACACCUGUGGGCAAUCAAUCCUGGGUAUACAUGUAACAUUAGGGCCAGUAAGCGUGAAGUUAUAUUGCAAAAAGAAUCAUGCAUUCAUUGACCUCAGUCACGCUCGUCGCACACUAUUCAAACUGUCAACUAGAAAGGGAGAAUCUACAUUUCUCCUUUCCCGCAACCCUGAAUGGGUUUCGUUUUGCUCAUCGAACUCACUGGACGAGUCUCGCAAUAUCCAACCCUGUGCUGAUCGAAAAGUACUUAUUGUCCCGGUAUCAACGCCCGACCACGGCCUUUAGACUCAAUCCCUCAAGGAAUCCGCCCAGAUCCUCCUUCUUUACUUCGACGAUACAAUGAUCAAAACUGUCAAUCUUGACCCGGGCAUUGGUUUCUUCCACCACUUCUUGAAACGCGAUGCCAAACCUGUUAUGGCCGUAGCCUCGCUUACGCCUUCUGGCUAGCUCGGCUUCAUCCUCCUCCUCUUCGGACGACGAAUCACUGUCUGAUCCGGACUCGGAUUCGGAUUCGUCCUCUUCUCCAAAAUCGCUAUCGUCACCAUUGAGUUCUCGUUGCGCCGCUCGAGCCGCCUUUUUCUCUUCGCGGAUUUUCCGUUUUUGUUCUCGCUCGGCUUCUUUCUUGGCCUUGCGCUCCGCCUUUUCUUUGCGGGCUUCGAGAUCUUCUCCACUGCCGAUACCGCCGCCUGUUCCGACGACCACGUAAGUGCCUCUUGCCUCGUCAAGCGCAGCGAGGACUAGCGGCGUGGCACUUUCAUUCGGACCUUUUUUCUCUCGUUCAUUCACAGCAACUGCCUCGCCGACCCAGAGAGCCAAUUUGACUAGAGCACCGGGACUGUUCGCAAAUAAGGCCAAGUCCGGCCCCUCCUUGACAACCCCCAUACGAAAAGCACGCAGAUGUCGAAUCUGAUGCUUGACCAGAAGGGACGAUCCUGUGCGUAAGAUCGAGCGCAGCAGAUGCUGGGCAGCAGGAAUUGCUGCAAGAAGAUGGCUGGGAUGGCUUGGAGCGAGGGCGUCGUAGGCCGCAAAAAAUCGUGGAAGAAGAGCCUCGGAGCGGUCGGGAACGUCUUCCGUAGUAGCGGUGGCUUGAGACGAGAACAAGCCACUGUUUGUUACUGCCGCAGUGGUUGCACCCAAACCGUGGGAGGUUCCGACAUCGAGGAUGGCGCCGAGAAUGACCCCUACAUCGACAGCAGAUAACUGCGCUUUCCACCCCCAAGAGCGGAUGAAACCCCAUCCUUCUUGUUCAUACGUGGCUCGUCCAGACCCAGAGGGUACAAGAUCAUCGAGACCGUAGACUGCGGCAUAUUUCAAGAGGCGUUCACGAAGCGUCUUCUUAAGGUCCAUGUCCAUAUGUGUAUAUGUCUGCUUGCACUGAGUGAGGGACACGCCCAUUUUUGCAAGCAGCUUGUGCAGACGUUUCACUCCAGAGUCGUUCCACACGUGCAGCCGUGCAGCAAGGUAUGGGGAAUGCAGCAUACUGUCGUAUAGAGACCAAUGCCUCAACAGAAGAAAUCGAGGAUCAGGAGAGAGGCGGAUUGAGUUAUCACUAGGUGAGCUGACCCCUCCGCCAGCACCGGGCGAAAUCGAGGGCGACUGGUCAGCUGGAGGUGGAUUGAGCCGCCUGACCUCGUCACGUAGAAGUGCGUACGUUUGUGACGACCGCGUCGACCGCCACGAUUUAUGAGGUUCGUGUGGAAGACCUUGUGUUGUUGUAACCACCGUUCCCAGACCGGUGGACGUAUGGCCCGAUAAUUCAAGCGAAGUGGCGCCGAUUAUAGCAAGCCAAAGAAUGUCAUUGUCCUCUCGACCCAGGUCCGCAGCAAGAGAAUAGGCG